UCAGAGUUACUGAUUUAUUCUUGAGAAUCCUCUCUCAUCUGUCCUCAUGGAUGAACUUCAGGAUGUUCAACUCACAGAGAUCAAACCACUUCUAAAUGAUAAGGUAUCAGUACCCUACAAUGGAUGAGCUGGCUGAAAUGCUGCCUUCUGUUCUUACCCACUUAAGUCUGAAAGGCAUCAUUGGGAUUGGAGUUGGAGCUGGAGCUUACAUCCUCAGCAGAUUUGCACUCAGCCAUCCAGAGCUUGUGGAAGGCCUUGUGCUCAUUAAUGUUGACCCCUGUGCUAAAGGCUGGAUUGACUGGGCAGCUUCCAAAAUUUCGUGCCUGACAACCAAUGUUGUGGACAUUAUUUUGGCUCAUCACUUUGGACAGGAAGAGUUGCAGGCCAACUUGGACCUAAUUCAAACCUACAGACUGCAUAUUGCCCAAGAUAUCAACCAGGAAAACCUACAGCUCUUCCUGAGUUCCUAUAAUGGACGCAGAGACCUAGAGAUUGAAAGACCCUUGCUUGGCCAAAAUGAUAAUGCAAAAACAUUAAAGUGUUGUACAUUAUUGGUGGUGGGGGACAGUUCACCUGCAGUUGAGGCUGUGGUUGAAUGCAAUUCUCGCCUGGACCCUGUAAAUACAACUUUGCUAAAGAUGGCAGACUGUGGGGGACUGCCCCAAGUGGUUCAGCCUGGGAAGCUCACCGAGGCCUUCAAGUACUUUUUACAGGGAAUGGGCUACAUACCAUCUGCCAGCAUGACCCGACUCGCCCGAUCACGAACCCACUCAACCUCGAGUAGCCUGAGCUCUGGAGAAAGUCCCUACAGUCGGUCUUUCAUCAGCAAUCAGUCAGAUGGAACUCAAGGAGUCCCUGAGUCCUCUGAGGACCCGGACAAACAGGAGACCAUGGAGGUGUCCUGCUAAGCAGAUGCCCCCUCCCUUGGACUAUGCAAGUCCAUCUGAUCACUCCAUAAUACAACAUUUCAUCCAGCCAACUGGCAUCUACUACUAUCUUUAACUUAUGCAUGGCCACUGAAUCUCUCUCUAUGGUAGUCUGAAUUGAUCACUCUCUGCCCACUCACCCUUUUUUUUGUAUGUACCAAGAACCACUUCCAUACCAUUACUAAACAUUCCAACACCUUUAAUGGAUCAGAUCUCCAUAUCUUCUCUUGCCAGCUUUUUCCUGUGCUCUCCUAACUACGCAUCUGAUAAGAUUCUUUGAUCCCAAUUCUGUGUGUGUGCGGGCACGUAUGUCUGUUUGUGUAUGCAUAGUUCUGUGAUUUUAGACAUGCUUUCUUGUAGAGCUUCUGC